AUGUCUGACGUAUUGUUUUAUCAUCCUGACAUUUUAAAUUGCAAAUAUUUAGUGUCUGAUGAUGGCGAUGGGGAUGCUACUAACGCAAAAAUCAAUUCUAAGACCCGUCAGUUUGCAACUUAUGAUGCACCUGAUGAGGACGACCUGAAAAUUAUUGAGCAAACUGACCUUGCUCUUAACAACGAAGAUUUUGACAUUAAAGCUAAUGAAAAUGAGAUAGAAGUUUUUGAAGAAAAUAUGAGUGAUAUUGCUGAUUAUCCUGAACAUUCUUUUGAAAAAUCCACGAAUAAACGGACAAAGUCCUCCCGGCGGGAUAGGAUCAUUUCAAAAUCGACUUAUGUCACCAACUAUCUAUUUGACUCAGUAGAAGCUGGUUGGAGCGAUAUUGAAUUACAGUUGCCUUUUGAUAAUAAAAGAUUACUGUUGUUGGAUAUAGCCGAAUCUGCAUGCAAAAAGGCAGUCAUUCGUGAUGUUGGUGGAAUUACCAAAUGCUAUCCAUCUUCAAGCGAAACCAAGGGAGGUGCCUUGGAAAACAUGGUGACCGAAGGCGUAAAUUUUUCGUGUAUUUGGUUAUACGACAAUAUACUUGAUAUUAACAAAAUUUAUUCCAAUGACAUUGCGGCUAUCCUCAAAACCUAUGGGGUGGAAGCGGCAAGAAGUACAAUAAUAAAAGAAAUUUCUAAUGUCUUUUCGGCAUAUGGAAUUCAUGUCGAUCCUAGACAUUUAACACUAGUUGCAGAUUAUAUGACAUUUGAAGGAUCAUUCAAACCAUUUAGUAGAAUUGGUAUAGAUUCUAAUCCUUCACCUCUGCUUAAAAUGAGCUUUGAGAGCACCUGUAAUUUUUUGGAACAAGCCACACUAUUUGGUGACGUGGACAUGUUAAACUCACCAUCGGCAAGGUUAGCACUUGGUAAAGUUGUGCAAGGUGGCACUGGAUCGUUUGAAAUUCGUCAGCCCUGCGAGACUUUAAAUACAAGAUAA